AUGAAGAAUAUGUUAAAUAUAAUUUUAACAUUGACAAUAAUUUUUAUAGGAUUAAUUAAAAUUUCAAUAUCAAGUGAUAGUGGAUCAUCAGAAAAUGGUAUUUAUUUUUAUACAUAUGAUACAAUUUGCGAAUUUACAAAUUCUAUAAGAGAUGACGAUCAGUAUGAAUUAUAUUAUGUACAAGCACCAUUGAUGUAUGCAAUUUAUGGUGAUCUUUUCGAAAAGAUUAAUGCUUAUCAUAGUGGUGUUGGAUUUUAUAAUUUAAAUGGUGGGCCAAAUAUAUCAAUAGAUUAUUUCGCAGGUCCAACCCUAGAGGAUGCAUUAAUACCACAGAAUAUUACAAAAGAUUCACAAGGAAAUUAUAAUUUAACAUGGAAUACUUAUGGAUUAAUAGAAGUUACCAAUUAUAUUAAUGAAACUUAUUGGAGUAAAAGAGAAUUGAUUAUGUAUGGACUUACAGGCUUACAAGUCAAACAGUAUUUAAGUUGGGCUCCAAUAUAUAACCAAACUCAUCCAGUUUAUAAUUUAUUUAGUAUUGCAUCAGCUGAUGCCAGUGGUAGUGGUGAUAAUGGUUAUUUAGAAACAAUAUUACAUAAUUUAGGUAUUGGUGGUGGUGGUGGUGGUAGUGGUAGUGAAAAUUUAAUAGUUUAUCAAAAUAGUAGUACUUGUGAUGAUUUCGUCUGGGCAAGUUUUAAUACUAUUUAUCAAUUAGGUGGUACUUUAGUUGGUAUGCAAAGUAAUCCUCCAAAAGAUCAAAUAACAUUAUUUACAACUGAUGAACCAACUAUUGUGGAUUAUAAUAAUAUUACACAAAGGAAUCAAUUGGCAAGCUUUUAUAUUAAUUUAAUGGGUAUUGCAAAUAAGAAUGAAAGUGCUCUUCAAAUAUUCCAAGAAUUAAUAUCAUUAUUUAAUGGUACAUUCUAUUGUUAUAUAGAUGGUGUUUAUUAUGAAUUACAUUUAUCCAAACCAACACCAAUUUCAUUUACAUAUCAACCAUCACCAAUGCCAACAGGUCAAAGAAAUUCAAAUUCUAUAGAAACACUUAAUAAUUGUUAUUCGAAAUCUUCAACUGAUAAUCAAUCAUUUUUCAAUAGAUUUUCAAAAAUUCAAAUCAUUUUCAUAUCUAUAGCUAUUGGAUUUGGUGUUGUAAUAAUAUUAUACAUAUCAAUUGGUAUUAUGGUUAAUAAGUCUAGAGGUAAAUCUGGUACAAACUUAAUUCCAAAUAAAAAAUUAUGGACUUCCAUUGGUUCUAAAUUUAAAAGAGAUAAUAAUAAAAAUAAUUAUAAACCAUUGUUAUAUAAUGAAAAUACAAUUCAAUAA